ACUCGGCCCCGCCCUUGCCUGUCCCUGCGUUGCUACCGGGGGCUGGUCCGGCGGGCAGCGCGUCGGGAGGCGCGAUGGCGGCGGGGCUGAGGUUUGACGGGCGGGUGGUGCUGGUGACCGGCGCCGGGGGAGGUUUGGGCAGAGCAUAUGCUCUGGCUUUUGCUGAAAGAGGAGCUUCAGUAGUUGUGAAUGAUCUUGGAGGUGAUUUCAAAGGACAUGGCAAGAGCUCCUCAGCUGCUGACAAAGUUGUCAAUGAAAUCAGAGCAAAAGGAGGGAAAGCGGUACCCAAUUACGAUUCGGUGGAAGAUGGUGAAAAACUCGUGAAGACAGCACUUGAUGCUUUUGGGAGGAUAGAUAUUGUUAUAAACAAUGCUGGGAUCUUAAGAGACCGUUCAUUUGUUCGGAUAAGUGAUGAGGACUGGGAUAUAAUUCAUAGAAUUCACUUGAGAGGAUCAUUCCUGGUCACCCGAGCUGCGUGGAAUCAUAUGAAAAAUCAGAAAUUUGGCAGAAUAAUCAUGACGUCUUCGGCUGCUGGAAUUUAUGGAAACUUUGGUCAGGCAAACUACAGUGCUGCAAAACUUGGCUUGUUGGGUCUUUCAAACACAAUUGCAAUUGAAGGCCGGAAGUAUAACAUCCACUGCAACACAAUUGCUCCUACUGCUGGAUCCAGACUGACCCAGACUGUCAUGCCACAAGAUCUGGUUGAUGCUUUCAAACCAGAGUAUGUUGCUCCCUUAGUUCUUUGGCUUUGCCACGAGACCUGUGCAGAGAAUGGCAGUCUGUUUGAGGUGGGAGCUGGGUGGAUUGGAAAAUUGCGCUGGGAGCGAUCCUUGGGUGCUAUUGUAAGAGGAAAGAAUCAGCCAAUGACUCCUGAAGCAGUGAGAAAUAACUGGGAGAAGGUCUGUGACUUUGAUAAUGCCAGCAAACCCAGAAGCAUCCAAGAGUCCAUAAGUGUACUGAGUGAUGCUCUCAGUCAGAUAGAGUCUCAAGGGAAUAUUGCUCUAAAUUCAACAAGCUCUAGAUCUGUGGUCUCUUCAUCUGUUGACACAGCAAGCAUUGUUGGCCGGGAAUUGGCUACCCAAGUGUACAAAUAUACUCACUUGGAACCUAUUAUGUAUGCCCUGGGUGUGGGAAUGUCAACAAAGGAUCCAGAUCACCUAAAAUUUCUCUUUGAAGGAAGUGAAGAUUUCUGCUGUCUACCUAGUUUUGGAGUCAUUCCUGCUCAGACUUCAAUGUUUGAUGGUGUUCCUUCUCUUCCAGGACUAAAUAUUGAUCUUGCAAAGAUGCUGCAUGGUGAGCAGUAUCUGGAACUAUAUAAACCAUUGCCAACCUCAGGGCAAUUAACUUCAGUUUCAACUGUUGCUGAUAUUCUUGACAAAGGAUCAGGAGCGGUCUUGCUUAUAGAUGUGAAUACCUAUUGUGGUAAGGACCUAGUGUGUUAUAACCAGUUCACGUUGUUCUUUGUUGGAGCUGGAGGAUUUGGUGGAAAACGAACAUCAGAAAAGGCCAAGGUAACAGUGAAUCCACCCAAGAGACCUCCUGAUGCUGUAAUUUCUGAUGUCACAACGGUUGAUCAGGCUGCGUUAUAUCGUCUGAGUGGAGAUUUGAAUCCUUUACACCUUGAUCCAAGUUUUGCUGCUCUUGGAGGAUUUGAGAAGCCUAUACUUCACGGACUGUGCUCCUUUGGGUUUGCUGCUAGACACGUUUUGAAGCAGUUUGCAAAUAAUGAUGUCAACAGAUUCAAGGCAAUCAAGGUUCGCUUUGCAAAACCAGUCUUCCCAGGGCAAACUUUACAAACAGAAAUGUGGAAGGAAGGAAGCAGAAUCCAUUUCCAGACAAAGGUCAAAGAGACUGGAGAAGUUGCUAUUGCAGGGGGCUAUGUGGACAUAGUACCAGCUUUGGAUAAGCCCUUUGCUCAGGAGCAUCUGAAGACUGCAGUGCUGCAGAGUGACCUUGUGUUUGAAGAGAUUGGUCGUCGUGUAAAAGAGAUUGGAAAUGAAUUGGUAAAGAAAGUAAAUGCCGUGUUCCAAUGGGACAUAACUAAAGAUGGAAAAACAGCAAUGCAGUGGACAAUUGACUUAAAGAAUGGCUCUGGAGCAGUGUAUCAAGGACCUGCAAGAAGCUCUGCUGAUACUACCUUCACUCUCUCAGAUGAGGAUUUCAUGGACGUGGUACAACAAAAGACCAACCCACAGAAGGCAUUCUUUUCUGGUAAACUAAAAGUGAAGGGGAAUAUCAUGCUAAGCCAGAAGUUGGAAAUGAUCCUGAAAGAUUAUGCCAAGCUCUGAAGUGCUUGAUCGCCUACCAGAGCAGUGAAUAACCUGGGAAGACAGAAACUUCAGUUAGUUCAGAACCAAUGAAUGAAACAUACCCACCCACUUAACAGCAAUGUACUGAUUCAUUAUAAUAUUAAUAUCCUGCUGAUCUGUUUUAAUUGCUGUAGACAAAGUUAUGAAAUUAACAUAACUUUUAAUAUUGUACUUUUUUUGUUUCCUAGCAGUGGCAAAGAAUCCUACUUUUCUCAUUGCAUAUCUUAUUCUAAAUAAAAUGUAUGUACUUCUUACAAAGAUGCAUAUAUUUCUAUAUUAAUUCUGAGAAAGAUUAAACCAAUACAUAUCUUUGAUACCUGC